AUGAAAUUCUCAAGGUCUGAACCCUUGCUGCCGGAACUGGUAUUGCCAGAUGGCAUGGAUCCAGAUGAUGAUUGGAGGGCGAUGACCGAAGAAGAAGAAUCGCUGGUGCAGGAAGAGCAAAGUUUGAAAAAAGAAAUUGAAGAGGAAGAAAGCAUUUGUAUUGAUGACGAGCUGGAAAGGCAGGUAGCUGCUGAGGCAGCCGCAUUGGAACAGCAGGAAGUUGACGAAGCAGAAAAGGUUGCUAGUGGACUUUGCUGCAUUUUUGAUUUGUGA